UUUCGCAAUUCUUAUAUGAAUCUUACAAUCGUCACUCGAUUCUCCCAAAUUUCACAUUCUCCCGACGCGCAUUAGUAUUCACCUUCGCUGCUAACAUACUCUGGCUGGCUCUCGCUAUACAUCUCAUUUCGGCGAUCCGACAUUAAUUGUCCGUUUGUUGGUCCAGAGUUCGCCAGCCAUCUUACAAAUUUCUCCGCAUCGCUCUUUCCGGCUUACCCGUGGUCUUGGUGACGGCACGGCAACGGCCUUUGGAUCUUCCGAUAGGGUAUCUUUCGCUGCCGUAUCUAUUCAGGUCUUAUCGUUUCAUUAUUGACGCUGUCAUAUAUGUUCUUAUUGCGAAUUCAUAAUUGUGUUGAACGAUUUCAAGGCGUUGAAGCUUGCAGUCGCUGGCGUGAUGAGUACAAUGGGCACAUUAGUAUCUUCGAUAUCAGUCAUUGCAUACGAUUUCUUGUUCCCAAGAGCAACCCAUAAAUCAUCUCAGCCACCGACAUGUCGUUUGACCAACCCAACCCCUUGUCAUUCAUGAAUCUUCCCGUCGAACUACGCCUGAUGGUCUACGAGCGGCUGCCACGCCAGACCAAACACACCGAAGUCUCUAUAGACGGCUCCAUCGCUAUCUUGGUCACAAGACACCUGCCGACCGCCAUACUACGUACGAGCAAGCAAAUCUACCUCGAAGCCCGCGCUAUCGUAGCGAACCUAGUCCGACAGUUCAUCGAAGAGUCACCAACCAAGCUCAUCGAGUUCGGCAAAGCUGGAACAAAGAUGAGACAUAGCAAGAUACUCCACUAUCUCAUGUCACAGAUCCCCCGGGAGCGCAUGGCAUUGGAAGAUGAUGAGAAGUACGACAUCCAAUCCAUUCUCCAGAGACUCCCCAAGUCGGGCGGACUCCAACCUACCGACCCCACUGUGACGCCCAACGUUGCUCGCUUCUUCCAUCAAGCUGCUAGGGCUAGAUACCGUCCUAGUGACGACCAUUUCCACGACGCUGCGGGCGGUCUAUGGAAUAACACUGUCGUCACAGUCUUCGUCACCUGCACACCUUACAAGAACGAGGAAGAGGCCAAAUGCUUCGCCGAGAUCAACCACAGACAUAUUCGACAUAUGUACCAUCACAGGGAGAUGAAGCUCUUCCCGUACGAUGUAUGGAUUCGCGAUGGGGGGAUGAUACAAAGUGAAGAAGGUUCGUCUUUGAAGAUGGCUGUUGAUAGGGUCCCGAUGUUGUGUCAUGAUGGCUAUGAUGACUGGGGUAAGAGAACUGGGAAUGUGGAGGAUUCGUGGGGGCCGGCUAUGGCGAGGGCGGAUUGGGAUGGGGAGUGGCUUCCUUCGUAGGCAUGUCGUGGCAGAGGGGUGGAUGUUUGUACUGCGAUUCGCGUGAACUACGUUGAUUGCUGUAUUGUAUCAUGUCUUCAGUCAAGUAAUCGAUACCAUCCAAU